AUGGCAAAUGACAGACCGUUAGCUGCGCAUGAAAUUUUAGAUGCUUUAGAAAAUGUUUCUGAUAAUGAAGAAGAUUAUAGAGAACGACUGAUAUGUAUUCUACCUCCUCCUGUUGAUCCUGACUGUCUCACUGACGAAGAUUCGGGUGAAGAAGAUAAUGUAACUUUGAAUAAUUUGCCACGAAACAUUCUGCUUCAACCGGCUGAAGUAAUGAUUCAAGGGCAGAUUAUGGUGAGUGAUACAGAAGAAGAACCUUCUGAUUCUACAAGUCGAACUAAACAUGUUCAAGGCGCUUGCCAAGAUAAGCGCCCAAUUGAGUGGUUUGAAAACUUCUUAGAUGAAGAUGUUAUUUCGUUGUUGGUGUCAGAGAGCAAUAAAUAUGCUGUCAAAAAGAAUUUGCCUGGAGACAUAACCACCGAAGAUAUGAAAUGUUUCAUCGGCAUAUUGUUGGUAGAAGAAUGUAUUGGGAAAACUCCCCUGAUACAAAGAAUGAAUUGA